UCAUGUGAUCUGUCACAUGACAGCGGAUCUGCAAAAAGGCCGAAUGGAGCUCCGACACUGCCUCCUAGGGCUCCUUGCCCUCUUCGUCACCGGCAAAUGCAGUUACAGCCCGGAGCCUGAUCAGCGGACGACGUUUCCCCCAGGCUGGGUGUCCUUGGGUCGUGUGGACUCUGAGGAAGAAUUGAGUCUGACCUUUGCCUUGAGGCAGCAGAACCUGGAAAGACUGCUGGAGCUGGUGCAGGCUGUGUCGGAUCCCAGUUCUCCUCGAUAUGGAAAAUACCUGACCCUAGAGGAUGUGGCUGAGCUGGUCCAGCCAUCACCACUGACCCUCCUCAUGGUCCAGAAAUGGCUCUCGGCAACUGGAGUCCAGAACUGCCACACAGUGACCACACAGGACUUUCUGACUUGCUGGCUGAGUGUCCGCCAGGCAGAACUGCUGCUACCUGGGUCUGAGUUUCAUCGCUAUGUAGGGGGACCUUCAGAGAUCCAUGUUAUAAGAUCCCCACGUUCCUACCGGCUCCCAAGGGUCUUGGCCCCCCACGUGGACUUUGUGGGGGGGCUGCACCGCUUCCCCCCCACAUCAUCCCUGAGGCAACGCCCAGAGCCACAGGUGGCAGGAACUGUUGGCCUGCACCUGGGGGUGACCCCAUCCGUGAUCCGGGAGCGAUACAACUUGACAGCACAAGAUGUGGGCUCUGGCACAACCAACAACAGCCAAGCCUGUGCCCAGUUCCUGGAGCAGUAUUUCCAUGACUCAGACCUGGCUGAGUUCAUGCGCCUUUUUGGUGGGAAAUUUGCACACCAGGCAUCAGUAGCCCAUGUGGUGGGACAACAGGGCCGGGGCCGGGCUGGGAUCGAGGCGAGUCUAGAUGUGGAGUACCUGAUGAGCGCUGGUGCCAACAUCUCCACCUGGGUCUACAGUAGCCCUGGCCGGCAUGAGUCACAGGAGCCCUUCCUGCAAUGGCUUCUGCUGCUCAGUAAUGAGUCAGCCCUGCCACAUGUGCAUACUGUGAGCUACGGAGACGAUGAGGAUUCCCUCAGCAGCGUCUACAUCCAGCGGGUCAAUACUGAGCUCAUGAAGGCUGCUGCUCGGGGUCUUACCCUGCUCUUUGCCUCAGGUGACAGUGGGGCUGGGUGCUGGUCUGUCUCUGGAAGACAUAAGUUCCGUCCCAGCUUCCCUGCCUCCAGCCCCUACGUUACCACCGUGGGAGGCACAGCCUUCCAGAAUCCUUUCCGAGUCACAGAUGAGAUCGUUGACUAUAUCAGUGGUGGUGGCUUCAGCAAUGUGUUCCCGCGGCCUUCAUACCAAGAGGAAGCUGUAGCCCAGUUCCUGAGCUCCAGCCCCCACUUACCACCAUCCAGUUACUUCAAUGCCAGUGGUCGUGCCUAUCCAGAUGUGGCUGCACUCUCUGAUGGCUACUGGGUGGUCAGCAACAGCAUGCCCAUUCCAUGGGUGUCUGGAACCUCGGCCUCUACUCCAGUGUUUGGGGGGCUUGUAUCCUUGAUAAAUGAACACAGAAUACUCAGCGGCCGCCACCCUCUUGGCUUUCUCAACCCAAGACUCUACCAGCAGCAUGGGGCAGGACUCUUUGAUGUAACCCGUGGCUGCCAUGCGUCCUGCCUGAAUGAAGAGGUGCAGGGUCAGGGUUUCUGCUCUGGCCCUGGCUGGGAUCCUGUAACAGGCUGGGGGACACCCAACUUCCCAGCUCUGCUGAAGACACUGAUUAACCCCUGACCCUUUCCUGCCAGGAG